GACGCCACUGAAGUAUCAUGCCGAAGACACCAGACAUGACACCUUACCCAGUCACAUUAUACUGACACCGGGCCAACUAGUCGUGUUUCCUUACUCUCACCACUCAGUGUUGAACAACGAGCGAGGUAGCAACAGACAUGGACGCAGGCAGUGAAGAGCCUACUAUGUUCACACCCAGAGAGGAUCUGCUAGAAGUACUCAUGUCCAUGGGAUUCUCCAGAAAUGCUUCCGUUAAGGGGUUAUUUUAUACCAAAAACUGUAAUCCUGACUUAGCAGCUGGAUGGAUCAUCGAAAAUCAAGACAAAGACCUGGAAACACCUUUGGAAGACGAGGGAGACAGUAGCACAGACGAUGAGGAUGGGAAUUUCCCGGUGUGCGGGGAUUUAUUCAAGAUGGUGUUUGUCGUGAAUCAGGAGCUGAAGAUGGGCAUAGGGAAGAUCGCUGCCCGGACCGCUCACGCCUGCCUCGGCCUGUAUCGCCUGCUGCUGGAGAACCAGUACAAAUAUGGGGAAAUGCUCCUAAACUGGGAACAGUAUGGAGAGACGAAAGUUGUACUCGGAGCCAACUCUACAACUGAGUUAAUGGAACUGAAGGUCAAGGCGACUUCUCAGGAGUUGCCACAUUACAUAGUACAAGACGCUGGUAGGACGCAGGUCGCUGCUGGAUCGUUUACUGUGCUUGGCAUUAUGGGAAAAGUUGAUCAAGUGGAUUUGGUGACAGGGAAAUUAAAGUUACUUUCCUGACUUGUAUUUCAUACGAGUUUAUGUAUACAUCUAAUAAUAUUGUUUUAAUAUGGAGGCUUGACAAAGGAUUUUCAUUACCUCGAGCAAGCAAUGAAAUUGCAAAGAAUUUUAGACAAAUGUCUUGCCAUGAAUAAGAGUUUGCAAUUAUAAACGAUGUCGUGAAUGGAAUAUCCUAUUUGUUGGGUCUGUUGUAUGCUUUUGAAGUGAUGCUUCAUUGUUUGGUAGCCGAUAUGAUUGGCAGCUAAAUUUUUGAAUGUCCUCCAUGUACUUGCCAGCUCUUACUGGUAAUGAGAUCUGCAGUGACAACAACCUGUCCACAAUCUUCCUGUGGCUAUUUCUGACUGGUUGAUGUAUGGGUUUAGGGGGAAUUAUUAUUUUAUUUUUUUGUUAUUAUUGUUGUCAUAUUUAUUUUCAUAUAUAAGUGAUUAAAGCACUAAUCAGUUUCCUCAUAAAUCUGUAAAAUAUUUAAAUGGAUCAGCGAUUAGUAGCCUGCAUGUGGGGGUUAUUGAAGACAGAAUUCUUCUUAUUUUACAGUUUAUAUUUGUGAAUAGAAUGAACUUCAGGUAACACCUGCUUUUAUCUGUCUGCCUUGUAAUGUGAUUAUAAAAGCACAGAUUUUACUUGGACAUGUACACAAUUUUAAAUCUAAUAGAGACAUGUUUUUUUUUAUUUUACACCAAUCAAACAUGUAUAUCAGUAAAUGUUAAAAAUGUUCUCAGUUUAUAAAAGAUCUUCAAG